GCGCCAGGGCUGUGUGUGUAGGCAGCGGCGCCAGAGGAGGAGGAGCACGAGGAUGCAGCUGCGACCGCGGCCCCAAGAGGGAGCCGCCGCUGCUCUGUGGCCGCGGGGGCCGAGGGACGGAAAUCAGGCCUGGGGGUCGUGUCGUUGAGGGGACCCGGGGCGGCGGUCCCGCCAGAGGCUCGGGCCUAGUACCUCCGGAGGGUCCGGGCCCCUGGGCGAGGGCCUGCCCCCCCCUCCCCCCCGUUGCCUCCCCUGGUCUCUCCACGUCGAUGGUGGUGAAGUUGGCGGCGCCAAGGAGCGCAAGGCACCGGGCUGCCUCUCUUGCACCCAGCUUCUCUUUGGCCCCGGCUCUGGGACACCUGCGCUGCUGCCUCCUCUCGCCCGCCGAGCCCACUCUGCGUGGCGGGCGGGGGAGGGGCUCCCCCCUGCAGAGACUGCGUCGAGCAAGGCGAUGACCAGGACCUUAGAAGAGUAGGGAGAGAAGCCAAGAAUUGAGUUUUCUCCUGACUUCAUUGUGCUGAGUUGGGUGAAGAGACCAUGGCAAGUUGAGCAUCCCUAAUCUGAAAAUCUGAAACCCGAAAUGCUCCAAAAUCCGAAACUUUUUGAGUGCCAACAUGACGCCACAAGUGGAAAAUUCCACACCUGAUCUCACGUGAUGGGUUGCAGUCAAAACACAGUAAUGGAUGGAUUGGAUAAGUGAAGUCUACCUUGAGAAGCCUAUAGAAAAAGGUAAAAUACGUGGUUCGACACCUGAAAGAUACCAUAAGAUGCUGAAGAAAAUGUAGUUGAACAAUACUGUGUUGAAGAACUUAAUACAAGAGAGAAGUUAGCAUCAAUUAGAAUAAUUCAUGAUGCAGCGAGAAAGAAAUCACCAGAUGCCAGAACCUUGUUUGGGUGCUUUCCAGCUUUCAGAAAUGAUUCCAUGUCAUCCUGAAAUAGAAUGCUAGCUAAUAAAAUGUUACACCUGGAUUAACAUAUGAGGAUAUGGGCUGUUUCUGAUAUCUGUGCCUCAGCAAGAGUGGAUAAAAGCCAUGUUGAAAUGGAUAAACCACACAAGUAAGAGCUAUAGAUGUGGACUACAGGCCACUGAAGAAGAACUGAGCUUGCUGAGGAUCUAUGCUAUACUUUGGAAAUAUCUGAGAUGUUAAGAGGAAUGAACUCCAAGCAAUGAAUUUUCCUCUUAGAACUGCUUUCAAUGUGUCCCAUAGAUUCCGGCGCGGGCGGCGGCUCUGCUCUCUCCUUAUUCCAAUUGGGGUGUCGUGGCUACCACGCCGGCAAGUCACUGGGCCUGUUCUGGGCGCUGGCGGCGGCUCUGUUCUGCCCCUACUCCAAUUGGGGUGACGAGUGUACCACUCCGGCAGGCCACCGGGCCUGAUCCGCCGCAAGACCAAGGCCUGCAUAUCUCUAAGAAACAGUAAUGCCCUCCCACCUUGAGCCACAUUUCCUGGUUCUCCUACCUUUUGCCUCAGGAGCAAUGCAGUAGUUGACAACAUACUGACAAAAAGGGACUGGUAACAUCUGAACAUACCAAACCAAACAGGCAAACUUUUGCACCAUUGCAACCACAUUUUACCACAGAGGAAUGCCACUAUACAAGGAUUCCAGGCAGGCUAAAAAGAAAAAGAGUUGAUUAGACCUCAGACUAUCCACUGAACGGGAUGACGGCCACAGCUGCAGUGGAGACACCAAAAAUGGAGAAGAGUGCCUCCAAGGAAGAGAAGCAGCAUCCAAAGCAGGACAGUACCGAGCAGGGAAAUAAUGAUUCUGAAGAGUGGAUGAGCUCUGAGAGUGACCCUGAACAGUUGAGCCUUAAGAGCAGCAACAACAGCAGCUGCCAACCUGGAGAUGGUCAGCUGAAGAGAAAGGAGAUGCCCUCCAAGCCACACCGCCAGCUCUGUCGAUCACCCUGCCUGGAUCGUCCAAGUUUCUCCCAGAGCAGCAUUUUACAGGAUGGUAAACUCGACAUAGAGAAGGAAUAUCAAGCCAAGAUGGACUUUGCUCUAAAGCUGGGCUAUGCUGAGGAACAGAUUCAAUCAGUGCUGAAUAAACUGGGUCCAGAAUCACUUAUAAAUGAUGUAUUGGCAGAGCUUGUCAGACUUGGGAACAAAGGUGACUCAGAAGGGCAGGUCAACUUGAGUCUAUUAGUGCCCCGUGGGCCUGGCUCCAGAGAGAUUGCAAGCCCUGAAUUGUCUCUUGAAGAUGAAAUAGACAAUAGUGACAAUUUGAGGCCAAUUGUCAUUGAUGGAAGUAAUGUGGCUAUGAGUCAUGGGAAUAAAGAAGAGUUCUCCUGUAGAGGAAUACAACUUGCUGUGGAUUGGUUUCUAGAUAAAGGCCACAAGGAUAUCACUGUAUUUGUGCCUGCUUGGAGAAAGGAGCAAUCCCGCCCUGAUGCACCAAUUACAGAUCAAGAUAUUCUACGUAAACUGGAGAAGGAAAAGAUUCUUGUCUUCACACCAUCCCGAAGGGUCCAGGGCAGAAGGGUUGUCUGCUAUGAUGACCGGUUCAUAGUCAAAUUGGCUUUUGAUUCUGACGGCAUCAUUGUAUCCAAUGAUAACUACAGAGACCUUCAAGUUGAAAAGCCAGAAUGGAAGAAGUUUAUAGAGGAGCGGUUGCUGAUGUAUUCUUUUGUGAAUGACAAAUUUAUGCCUCCAGAUGACCCUUUAGGACGUCAUGGACCAAGCCUUGAAAAUUUCUUAAGAAAGAGACCUGUCGUUCCUGAGCAUAAGAAGCAACCAUGUCCUUAUGGCAAAAAAUGCACCUACGGCCACAAGUGCAAAUACUACCAUCCGGAGCGGGCCAACCAACCCCAGCGUUCGGUGGCUGAUGAGCUCCGCAUCAGUGCCAAACUAUCCACAGUGAAAACCAUGAGCGAAGGCACCCUAGCCAAGUGUGGCACAGGGAUGUCUAGCGCCAAAGGUGAGAUAACCUCAGAGGUCAAACGUGUGGCCCCCAAGCGCCAAUCAGAUCCCAGCAUCCGGUCUGUGGCUGUGGAGCCUGAGGAAUGGCUGUCCAUUGCCCGUAAGCCUGAGGCCAGCUCUGUCCCCUCACUUGUGACCGCCCUAAGUGUUCCCACAAUCCCACCCCCCAAAAGCCAUGCAGUGGGUGCACUCAACACCCGUUCGGCCAGCAGCCCAGUGCCAGGAUCCUCUCAUUUCCCCCACCAGAAGGCCUCAUUGGAGCACAUGGCCAGCAUGCAGUACCCCCCUAUCCUGGUUACCAACAGCCAUGGGACCCCUAUUAACUAUGCUGAGCAAUACCCAAAGUUUGAGUCCAUGGGGGACCAUGGCUACUAUUCGAUGUUAGGCGACUUCUCCAAACUGAAUGUCAACAGCAUGCACAAUCGAGAGUACUACAUGGCUGAAGCGGACCGGGGGGUGUAUGCUCGGAAUCCCAAUCUCUGUCCUGACAGCCGCAUGAGCCAUACCAGGAACGACAACUAUUCUUCUUACAACAACCUGUACUUGGCUGUAGCUGAUACCCAUCCUGAAGGCAGUUUGAAGCUGCACCGCUCAGCAUCUCAGAACCGUCUUCAGCCUUUUUCUCAUGGUUACCAUGAAGCCUUAACGAGAGUGCAGAGCUAUGGCCCAGAGGAUUCCAAGCAAGCCCCCCACAAGCAAUCAGUUCCCCACUUAGCCCUGCAUGCCCAGCUCCCAGCAACUGGAGCACGAUCCAGCUGUCCUGGAGACUACCCCAUGCCUCCCAAUAUCCAUCCUGGGGCAACUUCACAGUCAGGCCGUGCCCUGGUGAUGACACGGAUGGACAGUAUUUCUGAUUCUCGCCUCUAUGAGAGCAACCCCAUGAGGCAAAGACGACCUCCUCUGUGCCGUGAACAGCAUGCCAGCUGGGACCCGCUGCCCUGUGCAACUGACUCCUAUGGCUACCACUCCUAUCCCUUAAGUAACAGCCUCAUGCAACCAUGUUAUGAGCCAGUCAUGGUACGGAGCGUGCCUGAAAAGAUGGAGCAGCUUUGGAGGAAUCCUUGGGUUGGAAUGUGCAAUGAUUCCAGGGAGCAUAUGAUCCCAGAGCACCAAUUUCAGACCUACAAAAACCUCUGCAAUAUUUUCCCUUCUAACAUCGUUCUUGCAGUGAUGGAGAAGAAUCCCCAUACAGCAGAUGCCCAGCAACUGGCAGCCUUGAUUGUUGCCAAGCUUAGGGCUGCACGUUGACAUGACAAAGGACUUGUUCCUUUAUACACAUAUGAAUAUUAAUGCUAAUAAUACACUAAUACUAUGAUCAUAGUAACUAAUAAUUUGCAUUGCGCUUUAAAAGUUAGGAGUGUUUACAUCAUUUAAGCGCAUAACGACCCUGUGAGGUAGGUUUUACUAUAAAGAAGGCAGCUGAAACUCAGUGAGAUUAAGUGACCUACCAAGGUCGUGCUGCUAGCAAAUGACCAAGUCAAGACACACACCCAAGUCCUUUGACUCCAAGUCCCCUGUCCUUUGCACUGCACCAUGCAGGUAAUGGAGGACAAAACCCAAGGGGAGAGGCCUAAAUGCAAGAAGCCCCAAGGGAUUCCAUUACCAGUGUUUUCAAAUUACGGAUAAUAUAUCCAAUUUGAAGAGCAAAAGCAUCAGGAUCAGAUCAUAUGUUGUAUUAACCUUUUAUGUUUUUUAAAUAGAAACAUUUAAAGAUAUUUAAAAGUAAACACAUACUUUAUUGCAUGGAUAUUUGCUAAUUCACUCUCUUUAUUAAUGAAAUUAUAAGGUCACAUUGAAUCUUCUAGAGCUAUAUUUAAAGCCUACUGUUAGCAAUUAUAUUGCAUGUAUGAAUAUAUAUAUUUGAUUUUUGAUGUGUGUAUGUGUGUAUCUCUGGUAUAAAUUUUUAUAUAGUGAUGAGAAGGUAGACUGUACAUAGUCCUUAGUCUAUAGCUGUAUAGAUCAUGAAUCUGACUUGAUGAUUUUGUCACGUUUCAUAGUUUCAACUAGAUUGAAAAGUAAAAUUAAAUGCCAAUAUUUGAACAUUGCUUUCUUAGGCACCAGAGUGAACCAGCUAUAUUUCCUUUGCACUUUUUACUUGCCAAUGUUUAUUAACAGUUCUUAACUUCCAAGUCUCUUCACCUCAACAAAUUAGGGGACAGGUUACAGCCUUCUGCAGAGGAGAUAUUGGAUAAGCUCAAGUUCCACACAUAGUAUAUGUGUACUACACAAGCGCAGAAGAGUCUGACCAGAACUAAGGGACUUACUUCCAGAGUCCACUCCCCUUAUCCCAGGAAAGAUGGCCAAACCCAUGUGGCAUUAAACGAUGAAUACAAAAGCUUCACACAAGGAGGGACUAAUGGAUGCUUUUUGGACUUCUGACCUAUGCAGUAUUCAACAUCACAGGAUAAAAUGUAAUGGAAGACAGUGCAUAGCCAUGUAAUCCACUUUCUCCUGCUGUUCACCCUUUGGGCAAUAAGGUCAAUCACUGGUGGAGCAGAAUUUCUUUAGGAAACAAACCAGGGGAUUUUCUAAGUGGAAAAAGACAGCUUCUAAAGGGGAUGCUGCAUUUUUGCUAAUUGCUGGCUCAGUUAUGCACUUCAAAUCCCUGCAAAGAGGGUGCACUUGCCAUUAGAUAAUUCUUAGAUGCAUCACUAAAGAUGACUUUGGGGUUGGGUGGCACCAUUUGCGCAAUUUGUAUCUUGCUCAGGGUGGGAACCUUUGUAGCUAAAUGCCUCUAGAAGAGGUGUUUAUUGUUUUUUUUUUUUAAGCUGCACUAAAUGAACCCCCUUUUUGAAUCCACUGUAUAUUUUAACAUUUUGAACCAUGACCAGCUCACUAUUUCUUGAGCUGGAAAUUGCUAACUUCUAUGGUCGUUUUUUCAUGAAAGUUGAGAAGGCCUGGCCUUGGCCUUUUGUUUCUUCAUGAGAAGGUGUGACACUGCCUAUAAAUGUUUCUUACUGUGAAACACUCCGAAUGUGAGGCUGUAGUCAGGGUUGUUUCUGGUAGUUUGACAAUGGCUUGCAUGCUGCUUUCUGUCUCUGUCCAAGUUGAUCAACACUGCAUCUUAACCAAUGCUUUCUUCACUUAACCACAGCUUCACAUUCAUCUCCUACCCUCUAAUCUUCCCAUCCCCCAGCAUACUGAUUAAGUGUAAAAGUAUUUUUCUAUCAGAUAGGUCCCCAGAGAGUGACAGUUGCCACUGCAGACCUUGCUAUUUCAUACACCACCACUUCAUACCUUCAACUUCUUGGACCUUCUAAAUCUGCCCCAUGUCUAAAUAAGGGUAUUUGACAAUCUCAGAUUAUCGCAAUGCCUUUGUGCUAGUUCAUCUUCCUACCAAAAAUCAUCAAUGGCACUGCAGUCUCCACUAGCUGCACAAUUGACAGGGAAGCACAAGAUUAAUCUUGUCAGCUGCAAUUCAUCUUCAACAUGUCCAUACUUAGUACUCAAAAUAUUGUAAGCUCCUCCCAAUACAGGAAAUAUUUUUAAGGAAGCAUAUGUAUUUCUUAUUUCCUAAAAACAAUUGUCAUUUUUCUCCUUUCAUAAAAUGUGUAUGAACCAAAGUGGCUAGGAGCAAUGCCUCAAAAAACCAGAAAUGACCUUUUGUUGAUACAAA